AUGCCUUUGACUAAGAAUACCAAGGUUGUGAAGCUCAACGAUGGAAAUGAAAUUCCAGUCAUUGGGUUGGGUACUUUCAGAUCCGGUCCAAAUGAAGUAUACCAAGCGGUUUUGGAUGGUAUCAAGGCUGGUGUCAGACACAUCGAUACCGCUUAUGCUUAUGGUAAUGAAGAGGAAAUCGGCACUGCAUUGACCCAAGCUUUCAAGGAGGGAUUGGUUAAAAGAGAAGAGCUUUUCAUCACCACCAAGAUGUGGGGGGUUGACUACGCUGAUCCAGAAUCUGCUAUUAAACUCUCAUUGAAAAAAUUACAAUUGGACUACGUUGAUUUGUACAUGAUCCACUGGCCCGUUGCCUUAACCAAGAAGUUUGACGCUGCAGGAAAUGUUGUCAAUGUUUCUUAUUUACCAAAUGGUAAAAGAGACUUGGACCACUCGAAUAACUUUGUCAAGACAUGGACUUAUUUCCAAGAUUUGGUUGCAAAGGGGUUGACCAAGUCCAUUGGGGUGUCUAAUUUCACGAUUGCCAAGUUGACCGAAUUGUUGGCAGCGCCAACCACCAAGAUUGUUCCUUGUGUCAACCAAAUCGAAGCCCAUUUGUACCUUCUUCAACCGGAAUUAUUGGCUUUCUGCAAAUCAAAGGGGAUCCAUGUUGAAGCCCACACCCCAUUGGGCGGUGCUGAUGCCGCUGAGUUGUUGAAGAACCCAGUUAUCGUCGAAUUGGCUAAAAAAUACCAGGCAUCUUCUGCACAAAUCUUGAUCUCUUGGGCGUUGUGGAGAGGUACCAUCGUGUUGCCAAAAUCCGUGAAGGCAGAAAGAAUCCACGAUAACUUGUUCACCGUGGAAUUAUCGAAUGAAGAUGGUGAGAAAAUUAAUGCCAUUGGUAAGAAUGCUCAAAAGAGAUUUGUUAACCCAGAUUGGUCUCCAUUCAUCGUGUUUGACGAUGAUGAAAAACACGGUGUGGUUGGUGCCAGCGGCUGGAAGAACCCAAACCCAACCACUGUUUCCAAUUAA